GGGCACAGACAACGCACACUCGUCCAGCUAGCCAGUCGGACAGCUAAACAGACGCCUGAAAAUGUUCAAACUGGCUGUUCUCUGGCUGUGUGCGGCCGCUGCGGCUGCCGCCGGCGGUUACGGAAACGCCGAGAGUCACACCAACGUACAAACCUACAACCCCUGGGGCAGCGCAAAGUACGGAUCACACAUCGUCCACCCGACCUACAGUGGAUACGGCGACGGAUACGGACACGGCGGAUUCGUCGGUGGAUACGCGCAGACCUACUCGGAGGCGCGCGGAUCCGGUGGAUACGGACACGGUGGAUACGGUGGCGAGUACGCCUACGGACACAGCGCCAAGGUCGGACACGGAGCUGGAUACGGACACCAGGCUGGAUACGGUGGAUACGGUCACGGGGCUGAAUACGCCGGAUACGGACACGGAUCCGGAUAUGGCCGCGGAUAUGGUUAUCACUAAAUAACCGACAAAUCAGUGCUCUCAUUGAAAAAUUGAGUGUCAAUAGCAUCUAUUUUCAGUGGAAAUACAUGUUUGUUGUCGCGAAAGGUCUGCUUCUUCUUUACUGAUGACCCUGUCAUUUGAAAGACACAGAAACAUAUCAAUCCUCAUGAGAAAAUGCUGGUCCUCCAAAUACUCCUUACUUGUCCUGGUCUGAAAGUAAAUGGACGUUCAAC